AUGGAGCAAUUCGAUUUUACCAAACCAACACCAUUUUAUGAUGUUAUCCUCAAUAUCGAAGAGAAAAAAUUAUAUUGUAAUCGGGCAUUGUUGGCUAUCUGGUCACCGGUAUUUGAAACCAUGUUCAAAUCAAAUUUUCGUGAACGUGAUUCCAUGGAGAUUACUUUACCUGGUAAAUCAUUUGAUGAUAUCAAAGAAUUACUCGCAGUUAUUUAUCCACCAAAUCGACCUAUUGUUGCAACAAAUGUUCAACGUUUACUCGAAUUAGCUGAUGAAUAUCAAAUGAAUGAAUUGACUAAACGUUGUCAAGCUUACUUAAUGCAACAACGUGGUACGAUCGACUCCUUAUUGUUGGCGCAGAAGUACAACUUCGACGAUGUGAUUCGUCGUUGUGCUGAUCACUUGAAACACAAUCUGAAUCUAAAUCUUUUACCAAACUGUGGUAACAGUGAUCCACGAUUGAAUGAAUUAUCCUUGAAAACAAUCAACUUGCUCUUAGUAUCACGUGUCAAACAUCUAGAAACUGUUUUAGAUUCCUACAAACGUAAAGUAACAUGUGCCAAUGAGAAAUUUCGUAAUAUCAAAGAAUUGCCGGGUUACAAUGAUGAAUUCGAUCAUUGUUCACGACAUGAAAGUCAUUGUGUAGAUUGUUAUGAUUGUAUGAGAAUGGUACGAGCUAUAAUUAAGAAGCUGAGUGAAGAAGGUUUUGAAGAAACUGAUUAA